CGCACCCACUCGGGGGUGACGUGCCAGCGCACUUCUUUCAUUUCCAGCUUUGCAAAGAUCUCCAUUUUCUUCGGGCAGACGCGUAGGAAAAGGGGAUUAAAGACGAAGAAAAAUGAAUGAAGAGUACGACGUUAUCGUGUUGGGAACCGGGCUGACGGAAUGCAUCCUGUCCGGGAUCAUGUCUGUGAAGGGGAAGAAGGUUCUGCACAUGGACAGGAACUCGUACUAUGGAGGGGAGAGUGCCUCCAUCACCCCUUUGGAGGAUUUGUUCAAGCGUUUCAGCCUUCCUGGCAGUCCUCCUGAGUCCAUGGGAAAGGGCCGCGACUGGAACGUGGACCUCAUUCCCAAAUUUCUAAUGGCCAACGGUCAGCUAGUCCGUAUGCUGCUGAUCACACAGGUGACACGUUACCUGGACUUCAAAGUGAUUGAGGGCAGCUUCGUCUACAAAAAGGGCAGCAUCUAUAAAGUGCCCUCCACUGAGACUGAAGCUCUGGCAUCCAGCCUCAUGGGACUUUUUGAGAAAAGACGAUUCAGGAAGUUUCUUGUGUUUGUUGCCAACUUUGAUGAAAAUGACCCAAAAACCUUGGAAGGAGUGGACCCAAAAAAGACCACCAUGCGAGAUGUGUACAAAAAGUUUGACCUCGGGCAAGAUGUUGUUGACUUCACCGGCCAUGCUCUUGCACUCUACCGCACAGAUGACUACCUGGAUCAGCCCUGCAUAGAGACGAUAAACAGGAUUAAGUUGUACAGCGAGUCUUUGGCAAGGUAUGGCAAGAGUCCAUAUCUGUACCCUCUCUAUGGCCUGGGAGAGCUGCCCCAAGGCUUCGCUAGAUUAAGUGCCAUUUAUGGAGGAACAUACAUGCUGAACAAGCCCAUUGAGGAUAUAAUUAUAGAGAACGGCAAAGUUGUGGGCGUCAAAUCUGAGGGAGAGAUCGCUCGCUGCAAGCAGCUGAUUUGUGACCCCAGCUAUGUCAUGGACCGAGUCAACAAGGUGGGUCAGGUGAUCCGGGUCAUCUGCAUAAUGAGCCACCCCAUUAAGAACACCAGCGAUGCCAACUCCUGCCAGAUCAUCAUCCCUCAGAACCAGGUCAACAGGAAGCAUGAUAUCUAUGUGUGCAUGAUCUCUUACGCACACAACGUGGCAGCCCAGGGUAAAUACGUAGCCAUUGUCAGCACCACUGUGGAGACCAGUGACCCUGAGAAAGAGAUCAAACCAGCCCUGGACCUUUUGGAACCGGUUGAGCAGAAAUUUGUGAGCAUUAGUGACCUGUACGCACCAAAUGAUUUGGGAUCUGACAGCCAGGUCUUUAUCUCUCGCUCCUAUGAUGCCACAACUCACUUCGAGACAACCUGUGACGAUAUCAAAGACAUCUACAAGCGAAUGACAGGCACAGAGUUUGACUUUGCCGAAAUGGAGCGCAAGAAAAAUGACAUCUUCGGAGAUGGUGCUGACCAGUAAACUAGCUCCAGCUGCUCUUGAAUAUCAAAUAUUCAGGCGAUCAUAAUCUUAUGGUUAAAAAAAAAAAAAAACAGAAAAGAAAAAAAUUGCAACAAAACUGGGUGAGCUGGCUGUCCAAGCAUAUGUUUUGCCCAUAAUGGAAUUUCAUUUAAACAAUUAUACAAAUUUAGCAUUUUUGGGGGAGAAGGGGAGAAGGUUCUGCCAGUCUGCUUUUUAUAAUCAGGAAGCGAGAUCCAUUUUGCACUGAUUGAUUAUCAACGGCCUGUAUUCAGUUUCCAUCAUGUGAUCUUUAUCUCAGCCUGCUUAGACAUGGUAUGUAAAAAGUCCAAAUAUGCCAAAAAAAGAUGUAUUCAAGUUGAUGUGAAGAAAUGCAUAUUAUAAAAAUGUAUUGGUGUUGGCUGUAAAGAAAAUAACCUUAAAGGGGAGGGGGAUAUGGGUUUGCAAAACUGCAAAAUUAUCUGUUUUGAGUUUGGUCAGGUUUAAAAGCACAUGGUUUAAUUUUUAAAGGAAACAAUCUACUUCUAAGAUAACUUCCAGGGAUUUUCCAUUAUUCUAUUUUCCUAGAAAUUACAACUGGUGCUUAAUCUGGCAUCCUGAAUAUUUCGUUUGCAAUAUUUCUCCAAUUACCUAGGUUUACAGAUCGAAGGGACGUAUCAAGCACACACAGUGUAGAUAAUCUUUUAUGUAAUCCCUGUCCAACCACAGUAUUUGUUUUGCAAUAUGCUCAUGUGAUUUGACAACUGACCCCCCAAUUAGCUGUAAAUUGUGCUACUUGUCGGAAGGGCCGGGGUUACUUUCAGCUUUGCCUUGCAUCUCUUUUCUGAUGGGUUAUGUGUGAUUCAAAGGCUACUACAUGGAGGUAAUCACAUAUCAGUGGAAAAAGCUGCUUAACUGUAAGUCUGGAAUCUGCUUGUCUAGUGUGUAUCAGGGAGCUCUCCUUCUCCCUCACCUCGGAGCAGAGAGAGGAGCAGGCAGUGUCUCUUCAACAGCUCUGACAUGUUAGCAAGGACCAAAAUGUCUAUGGCAGUAUUGAUAUGACCGGGGCCCUGUACAAAAUGUCACCAAUGUUUUAAAAAAGAAAAACAAACAAAUGCUGAAAGGACGGGGCUCAAAUGAUUUCUGUACUGCAAAGUAAAAAUGUUAACUUGUGGAAAA